UCGGCGAGCAGCUGGCGCUGCCUGGGCGGCGGGAAGAUGUCUGCCGACGGCGGCCCCGGCAGCGCGGCGCCGGGAGAGGCCUGCCCGCACCAUGCGCAGCUGCGGGUCUGCGAGACGCGGGCCAAGUACCGAGAGGGGCGCCGGCCGCGAGCCGUGAAGGUUUAUACCAUCAACUUGGAAUCUCGUUACUUGCUCAUCCAAGGAGUUCCUGCACUGGGUGUGAUGAAGGAAUUAGUUGAACAGUUUGCUUUGUACGGUGCCAUUGAGGAGUAUCAUGCUCUAGAUGAGUACCCAGCAGAGCAAUUCACUGAAGUUUAUCUUCUAAAGUUCCAGAAACUGCAGUGUGCAAGGGUGGCCAAGAAAAAAAUGGAUGAACGAAGUUUCUUUGGUAGCUUGCUGCAUGUGUGCUAUGCUCCAGAGUUUGAAACAGUCCAAGAAACCAGGGAGAAGCUGCAGGACAGAAGAAAGUUUGUAGCAAAAGCAACAAAUCAAAGAGAUUGCUUUGUGUUAAAGAAAGGAGAGGGGCCCAAGAAGAGAGUGUUGAAGCACUCUGAGCAUGAUCAUCCAUGGACUACAUCAGGAUCAGCUGCAGCCAACAGCUGGGAUCCAUCCUGCUUUCUAAGCUGUCAGGGGGUACCCUACAACACAGGGCAUCCAGCUGGGAAUCAGCAACAGCAGAGCCUGUUGACUUUUCCCCACGAGAACAAAUGUGCUGAAACUUCUGGGUACCUGGGUCACAACACAUCCCUAACUCCAAGUGUGCACCCAGGAGGAGGUACUCCAGGGCCUUCCUCCAUGCGGCCGAGAGCGGCUCGGAUCGAUAACGGAGUCGACAGGUUCAUGCCUCGCACAACCCACCUGCAGGAACGCAAGAGGAAGAGAGAAGAAGGGGCCAGCUUUGCUCUCCUUGGGACAAGUGUGGACAAGACUGAAGUUGUUUUUGGUCCACAGCUACCAGAAGCCCCUAAAGUGGACAUGGAUGAUGAUUCACUGAACACUUCAGCGGCACUGAUAAGGAAUAAGCUGAAAGAGGUUGCAGAUUCUGUUUCAAGAACAUCUGUGGAGAAACCAGAAAGUAGCUCAGCCAAACCUCUUGUAAAGCAGAGAAGAAGGAUAUAGAUACUGCUGGCAGCAUCUCCCAAGAGUCCCUUUUAUUUUUUUUACAGGAUAGAGUUGAAAGUAUUUAUUUUUAUGCUCAAAAUGAGAACUGUUUUAUACUCCUUUUCCAUCUGUAGCAGUUGUUUGUAGGAAUGAACAAACCAGUGUACUAGAUUGUCACAACCCUGUCCUGUGUGCCUCUUCCUAUAACUAUUUUAUAACUCUCUGAAGAACUGUAGAAUAAUAGAAGUAAAAUUCAACUUAUUCAGUGGUUUUCUAUAGUAAAGAAAUACUAAAAUUCAA